ACGUACUAUCUUUUUAAUCCAUAUGCUGAUGAAGCAGAUAUCAUCGGUUAUUUGCGUGAAAGCUUUUUUUUGCUUGAUAAUCUGGCUACUCUGGCUAUCAUCGUAAACAAAAGGCCGAUGCCGAAAUUGUAAUCAACAUUGUGUGUUCGAAGCUUUCGAGAGAGUUGAUACACAAAGAAAGAUAGUCUUUAUGGAAGAGCGAAGUCAAGAUAGCAUCGUAAGGCCAGUGAUUUUGCUGGCCCGGCCUAUUGUUCAUGGGAUUCGAGGAUUUCUCUUCACGUCAUGGACGAUUAAAUUUAAGAAACUCGAGACCAAUUCGUACAUGGUAACUUGUAACUUUGUAAACUUUUAAACUUGUAAUGAUACUUCACUAAGUGCAAAGACUUUGGCUCUGGCUUGGUGUUAACUCUCUUAUGUUACAAUCACAACGUAAAGACAUUCAACUUUAAAAUAAAAUGAAAGAGUAAGUAAUCCUUCCAGAUGAGUGUCAAGCAACAUCUGUAUGAUUUACAAGUGUAAAGAAAUGUAAAGUUUUUAUCAAAGAACUUAUUGAAAAUUCGUUCACUUCGAAGUCUUGUGAUUAUAGGCAAGAGACACGAUCAAAAUUCGUACUGCUGAAAAAAGUGAAAAUUACUUCAUUAGCGAACUAAAAUAUAUUGCAAUGGAUAAUGUUCAAUUAAACGACAUCCUUCAUUACGAAGAAACUUCAUUAAAAGUUGUUGAACAACUCGUGGCCACUGGUCAUUACGGAUCAGCGAAGAAUAUGGAAGAAAUUUUGGACAUGGCAAAAAAAAGGGCCUCUGUUGCAAAACGUCGUAUUGAACUGCUCAAAAGAUCAUUUUACGACCAGAGUGCAGAAGUUGAAUAUUUAGCAUUAUGCUGUGAAGACUUUGGCGUUGGAACAACUGUUGACGAAAGUUCAGUUAAAGUUGAACAAAAUGAAGCAACAACAGUUAACAAGUCCAUUGAAGAAACCACGGCUGUCAUUCAACAACAAGCCACUGAAAACGCCAUUUCAAUCGUGUAUGAUGAAAUAGUUGCCGAAGUUGUUGAUGAAAUGCUAAAGCAGGUUGAGUUGGUCAAUAUUGCAUUGAAGGACUUUGUUGAGAACUCGGUUGUGCUUGGUGAUGAUGAUGAUGAUGAGCCAGAUCAACUUACUGUUGGUGGUGGAGACAUUCAAACACAAACAGUAGAUGGUGGUAAGCAUAUUUUCCUAACUCAGCAUCCUGUUGAUGAUGGUAAAAUCACCAAAGACUUAUUUACUCAAGUUGUUGGUGAAAUCAAAAAAGACGUAUCUACUCUACGUGUUGGUGAAAUCACUGAAGUCUUACCUACUGAAGUUGGUCGUAAAACCACUGAACAUUUGUCUACUGAAGUUGUGUGUGAAAUUACCAAAGACUUACCUACUCAAGUUGAUGGUGAAAUCACCGAAGACUUACCUACUCAAGUUGUUGGUGAAAUCACCGAAGACUUACCUACUCAAGUUGAUGGUGAAAUCACCAAAGACUUACCUACUCAAGUUGAUGGUGAAAUCACUGAAGACUUACCUACUCUAGUUGAUGGUGAAAUCACUGAAGACUUCUCUACUCAAGUUGAUGGUGAAAUCACUGAAGACCUAUCCACUCAAGUUGAUGGUGAAAUCACCAAAGACUUACCUACUCAAGUUGAUGUUGAAAUCAACAAAGACUUACCUACUCAAGUUGUUUGUGAAAUCACUGAAGACCUAUCCACUCAAGUUGAUGGUGAAAUCACUGAAGACUUACCUACUCAAGUUGUUGGUGAAAUCACGAAAGACGUAUCCACUCAAGUUGUUGGUGAAAUUACUGAAGACUUACCUACUCUAGUUGCUGGUGAAAUAACCAAAGACUUACCUACUCAAGUUGAUGUUGAAAUCACCAAAGACUUAUUUACUCAAGUUGUUGGUGAAAUCAAAAAAGACGUAUCUACUCUACGUGUUGGUGAAAUCACUGAAGUCUUACCUACUGAAGUUGGUCGUAAAACCACUGAACAUUUGUCUACUGAAGUUGUGUGUGAAAUUACCAAAGACUUACCUACUCAAGUUGAUGGUGAAAUCACCGAAGACUUACCUACUCAAGUUGUUGGUGAAAUCACUGAAGACUUACCUACUCAAGUUGAUGGUGAAAUCACCAAAGACUUACCUACUCAAGUUGAUGGUGAAAUCACUGAAGACUUACCUACUCUAGUUGAUGGUGAAAUCACUGAAGACUUCUCUACUCAAGUUGAUGGUGAAAUCACUGAAGACCUAUCCACUCAAGUUGAUGGUGAAAUCACCAAAGACUUACCUACUCAAGUUGAUGUUGAAAUCAACAAAGACUUACCUACUCAAGUUGUUUGUGAAAUCACUGAAGACCUAUCCACUCAAGUUGAUGGUGAAAUCACUGAAGACUUACCUACUCAAGUUGUUGGUGAAAUCACGAAAGACGUAUCCACUCAAGUUGUUGGUGAAAUUACUGAAGACUUACCUACUCUAGUUGCUGGUGAAAUAACCAAAGACUUACCUACUCAAGUUGAUGUUGAAAUCACCAAAGACUUACCUGCUCAAAUUGUUGGUGAAAUCACUGAAGACUUACCUACUCAAGUUGUUGGUGAAAUUACUGAAGACUUACCUACUCAAGUUGUUGGUGAAAUCACCAAAGACUUACCUACUCAAGUUGAUAAUGAAAUCAGCAAAGACUUACCAACUACUAUUGUUAGUGAAAUCACAAAAGACCCAAGUACUGUUGGAGAUAACGAGAUUAUUCAAGCCCAUCUUACUCUAGAUGAUGUUGACCAAGGUGAAUGCUUAAUUAAAAGUGAUCUUCUAUUUAAUGUUCAUGAUAAGCAUUCAAAAUCCACCUCAGUUGAUGAUUCUGCUCAAGAAAUCAAAAUUAAUCAGAUAUAUUCCAAAGAUGGUAAUUGUCACCAUAGCAUCAGAAGUGGAAAUCUGAACGAAAAUGUUACUGAAUCACUUCAUGACAAUCUUUCACUGACAACACCACCAAAUGGCAGAAAGUUGAAGAAAAGAAGGGGAUUUUUUAGAAGAUUAUUUUUUUGCUGUUUCAAGAGUAAUGAAACAAGCGACUAAAAAUUCAUAGAUGAACAAUAUUAUAUAUAUAUAUUCUUGUAAAUAGUGAGUAAAUCAAAUAUAAUAAAAGUUUUUACGUAAGAUUGUAAAU